CAAUAAUUUAGUUUAAUAUAUUGUUUAAAACAAAUAAAACUGUUUAUAAAAACAAUAUUUUACURAAAAUGAUUCAAAUUCUUGUAUUAAGUYUAUUCAUAUGUUUGGUCACAGCCAAUCUGUCGGAAGACAAAGAGUUCAUACAAUGCGCUAAACAAAGAGUUAAAGAACUGACGAAUUUGUCUGAAGAUCAACUGUUUGCACGAACUCAACAAAAUCUUGUCGAUGCCUCAGAAAUGGUAGCAAAACGAGCCUCAGCUGCCAAAGCACAGGGAUUAGUUUGUUACGACAUUUUUAACAAUGAUUACGGAAAGGGAGUUAUGGCUAUUAUGGGACCAACUGGUGAACUAAAGGUGUUGAACACUACUCAAAACCAAAAGGUAAAAUCGUCGGCAAUUAAAGAGAUCGCAACAAUGACUGAGUAUAUAAUGUGUGACGAGGCUUAUCGGGCAAAACAUAUCAACGAUGAGGUUGAAUGCAAUUUGCUUGAAAAAAGGGGGUUAGCUCUGACUGAGUUCAGUGUCAGCCUUCCGAUCAUUGAAACCGUUAUGGGUGCCGGUGGCUGCCUAUUGAAGGGUGCUUCACCACCCAUGGCAUCGGUUAUUACACAGAUGAAGAAUCUUUACGGAGAAUUAUAUUCUGCUGGCAAACAGUGUUCCCAAAGUCAGGAUCUUCCGGCUGACCAACACUGCCGUAAUCUUAAGAUGUUUACCCUUGAAUUGCGUCGAUUGGGAAAAUUGGGUUCAUUGGUGGGCGCAUCUAAAAUACCAACUCUUUUCUAAAUAUAAAACACUUAUCAAUAUUAUUGUAAUAUAAUUAAAUAUAGUUUAAUUGU